AUGGCGGCGGCGGCGACCGCGCUGAGGCGCCCGGCUGAGGCCAGCGUGACCUUUGAGGACGUCGCCGUGCACUUUUCCUGGGAGGAAUGGAGGCUCCUUGAUGGGGCUCAGAGACGCCUGUACCUCGACGUGAUGCUGGAGAACUUCGCUCUGACUUCCUCUCUAGGUGGCUGCUGUGGACCAGAGGACGUCGAAGCCCCCUUUGAACAGAAUGUUUCUGUGGGAGUGUCACCAGCCAGCAUCUCCAGGGCAGCUCUGUCUUCCCUGCAGACCCACUUCUGUCAGACUUGUGGUCCAGUCUUGAGAGACAUAAUCCAGUUGGCUGAGCACCAGGGAACACCACACAGCCACAGAGUGUUCAGGUGUGAGGUAUGUAUGAAGCAAUUUAAUUGCAGUGCAAACCUCCGAGCACACCAGAAGCAGCAUCUGGGAGAGAAACCCUUGAGAAGCUGUGUGGACGGGGGCUCACUUGUGAAGAGCUAUAAAUUCCGUGUUUCAGAGAAGCCCUUGACUUGUGAUGGAGUUGAGAAGGACUUCCUGUCUCCCUCAGAACAUCUACAGCAGCAGACCACGCAGGCCAGGGAGGAGCUCACCAAAAUCACCCAGAGUCAGGCAACUAUACAAAAUGGAAAAACUUGCUCCAACCGUAAAGAAUGUGAGAAAGCCUUCAGCCCCAGUCACACACGUUCUUGGGACCAGGACAUCCACACUGGAAAACAGUGUCUUUUGUGCCCUGAAUGUGGAAAGGCAUUCAGGUUUCAGUCCUCAUUACUUGUUCACCAGAGAGUUCACACAGGAGAAAGGCCUUAUGAGUGUCGUAAAUGUGGGAAAUGUUUUAGAUCUAGCUCUGGUUUUUAUUAUCAUAAGAAAGCUCACACUGGAGAAAGGCCUUAUCAGUGCAGUGAAUGUGGUAAAUCCUUUAUCCAAAGACAUCACCUUCUUGGACACCAGACAGUUCAUACAGGAGAAAGGCCUUAUGAGUGCAGUGAGUGUGGAAAAUCCUUUAUCCAAAAACGUUCCUUUCUUAUACAUCUGAGAGUUCACACAGGAGAAAGACCUUAUGAAUGUAAUGUAUGUGGCAAGACCUUUACCACCAGGAAGAAACUUCUUUAUCAUGAGGGAGUUCACACAGGAGAAAGGCCUUAUGUGUGCAGUGAAUGUGGGAAAUCUUAUACCUCUCAUUAUGCCCUCCGUGAUCAUCAGAGAAAUCAUACAAGUGAAAGACCUUAUGAAUGUACUGAAUGUGGGAAGUCCUUCAGAAAAAAUUAUCACCUCACUGAACACCAGAGAGUUCACACUGGAGAAAAACCUUAUCGAUGUACAGAAUGUGGGAAGUCUUUUACCUCUGGCUCCGCCCUCCGUUACCAUCGGAGUGUUCAUACCGGGUUAAGGCCAUAUGAGUGCAGUGAAUGUGGGAAAUCUUUUCCUGCAAGCUCAUCACUCAUUAAACAUCGAAGAGUUCACACAGGAGAAAGGCCUUAUGUGUGCAGUGAAUGUGGGAAAUCUUUUGCAUCUGGUUUCCACCUGAAAAAUCAUCAGAGACUUCAUACUGGAGAAAAGCCUUAUGAAUGCAGUGAAUGUGGGAAAUCCUUUAUCCAGAAAUGCUACUUUCUUAUACACCUGAGAGUUCAUACCGGAGAAAGGCCUUAUGAGUGCAGUGUAUGUAGGAUAGCUUUUACCACUAGGAGGAAACUCCAUUAUCAUCAAGGAAUUCAUAGUGGAGAAAGGCCUCAUGAGUGCCGUGACUGUGGGAAAUCUUUUACUUCUAGUUAUGCCCUCCGUGAUCAUCAGAGAGUUCAUAGACGCAAAAGGCCUUAUGAAUGUACUGAAUGUGGGAAGUCCUUUAGAGCAAAUUCUUACCUCGUUCAACACUGGAGAGUUCACACUGGAGAAAAGCCUUAUCAGUGUACUGAAUGUGGUAAAUCUUUUUCUUCUGGGUCGAGCCUCCGUUAUCAUCAGAGUAUUCACACUGGGUUAAGGCCUUAUGAGUGUAGUGAAUGUGGGAAAUCUUUUCCCAAGAGCUCGACACUCCUUCGACAUCGAAGAACUCAUACAGGUGAAAGGCCUUAUGAGUGUACUGAAUGUGGGAAAUCCUUUCCUAGGGGCUCGGCCCUCAUUCGACACCGAAGAACUCACACAGGUGAAAGGCCUUAUGAGUGUACUGAAUGUGGGAAAUCCUUUCCCAGGAGCUCAACACUCAUUCAACAUCGAAGAACUCACACAGGUGAAAGGCCGUAUGUGUGCAAUGAAUGUGGGAAAUCUUUUAUCCAGAGACACCACCUUCUGGUACACCAGCGAGUUCACACAAGAUAAAGGCCUUACGAUUCCAGCGAAUGUUGGAAAACCUUUAUGGAGAGUUCCCAGUCCCAUUACCACUGGGCAGUUCACACUGGAGAAAGGUGUGUGAGUUAAACAGUGUGGAAAAUCCUUUAGCCAUAAGUUUUACUUUUCUUAACACCCGAGACUUGUUACUGCAAAAUGGUUUUGUAAGUGUACGAAAUUAGGAAAUGUCUUACCUGUAUCUGGAGUUAGUUAUCUGAUAAUUCACACAGGAUGAAGGCCUUAUGGUGUAGCAAAGGUAAAAAAUCCUUUACCCAUUGCUUCACAGCCUUUUCACCACCAAAGAGUUCAGCCAGGAGAAAGGCCUUAUGAGUGCACAGGAUGUAGAAAACCCAUAAAGAGUUUACUUUAUUUUCCUGUGUAGAAUUUACGCUAGAGCAAGACCAUAGCUGAGAUGUGCGAAGGAAUGUGCAUUUUUCUUGUUUGGUAUUCUGACACUGGGAGAAACCGUGAGAAGCCAUGUGUCUCAAGUUGAUGUCCUGUAUCCAGUUGCCCACAGUUGGGAGAUUUGCCCUGAGUUUUAGUUACGUGGGAAGCAUGUGUAUCUAUGUUGCACUUUCUAACCUGCCGGGGGUCUUCACCAUUUUCUGUUGUGAAAGUCUUUUCACUCUAGCACGUGGCGGGUGCCCACAGUUUGUGCCCAUUACCAUCCUACUGUGCUGACUUCUGUUGUGUCGUGUGUUGGAGGAAAAUAGGAGUUACCUGAGCUCUUUGGAGUCGCACCGGGCAGAAAUCCACCCCUUUAUUGACUCAGAGAAUAUCGCAUGAGUCUGGUUGGAGGGCCAUGUUCUCCCAGGAAUUUUUUCAGCUUGCAAGUUGCCAACCUGAACUCGUUGCUGCACGUGGCUUUGGUUUGUUCAGUACUGUUGAAUUCCUUACUGUGUCAGUUUUCGUUUAUUUUCUGAGUUCUAUUUAGUGUGUGGUAUGUCUCCCAAACAGAUUUGGGCUCCACAAGUAUGAAAGGUGAACAUUUUCAGGAGGAUCCCCAACUUUGUGUUCUUCCUAAGGACAGUAUAAUGGCAAAAUACAGCUCACAGGAUUUUACCAAAUUUGCGUUCUUUCUAGGAAGGGCUGCAGGGCUUUGAGGUCUUCCUGUGAAGCCUAGAAGCUAUGAGUUUUAGGAGACUGAGAAAUCACCCUAAAAAAUAAAAUAAGUGAAAAAGAAAACAAAACAAAAAAAAAGAAACCACCCCAUGGAGGGGUCCGAUGUGACAGUCUCAAGAGCUUCUCAGAGCAGCACGAAUUUUCCCGUUGUUCACAGGGGAUAAUCUCAGGGGAUGUGGAAGGGAAUCUGUCUCCUAGGUCCUGCAGUGAACCAUGCGUUCUGAUGUUUUGAUUCCAUGGGUGACGGUGUCUGGUUUUAAGACCAUCGGGACUAGAGGAAACCAUAACUGCUACUGAAGUGACACUGGAUUUGUAGGGAUUGGAGACUUUAGCCAACACGAUGGAAUGUGCUUCUGAAAGGGAAUUCACAAGUGUUUCCGUAAAGGUGGCUGUGGAGGAUCGGUGUUCAUGCAGAUCUCAGGAUCUCCAGGUGUGUGUCUGUCUUUUUCUUUUUUUUUUUAUGAUGUAAUUUAUUUAUUUUUAGAG